AUGAUUUCAUCUAGCCAUCGCAUCAGUUUCUACAUCGUUCAAAUCCCACAACUGUCGCCGCAAUCGAUCGAUGUGUUCAGCUACUGUCAACACAUAGGAACGUACUUGGGCCGGUUUUACCUAUGGAGCAUCACGUAUCUCAUUCCCCCGCUAAGCCUGAGCCACAUAGCUGCAAGCAAGGACCUCAUCCACCCAAGAAGCACAAUGAGCUGCCGUUUGUCAACAAAGCAAAAACUUCUCAACCACCUCGAGAAUGCCGACUCAAUGUUGCGAGAUAUGCUCUUCAUUCUCUCUAAACGACAAGUACCGGUCAACCUAGAACCUCUUGUCGAACUUUUACUUGAAAAAGACCAACAGAUCAAAUCCACAUUGGAGGAGGGUUAGAUUGCGUUUUUGAUACUGUUUUCCAUCUGGUUUAGUUGAGGCUCAGUGUGAGUUGCAGAAGAAAAUCGACAUGAUUCGCUCUGAUUGUUUAAAGUCUGAUAAGCAAAUUAGAGCUUGCCAGCUACAGCUCAAAAAAUCAGAAAUUCUUCUGACAGAAGUUGAGCACAAUGGCAAAAGCAGUUAGAAAUCCACUGGAUGUUGACGAAAUCGUUCGUUUUUCUCACCGAAUCAGCGCCACACAUGGCGUGAA